GAGGUCUACACGGCGUCCUUCCUGGGCAUCGACUUCAGGGGAGGUAUGAUGCAGGUAGACUGCCUGGACGAGUCGUCCGCCGACUGGCUGAGGGAACACGCUCCAAAGCUGGGAAGCUGGACGGGCCCUGUCCUCUGCGCGAAGAGGGUGGAAGAUGUGCCAAUCAUGCACAGCAUGACAAUGUUCCUCCCUCGGAGCGGGGACAGGACCUACGAGUACGCCUUGAGCCUGGUGAGGAACCAGAACCGGGGACUCAGUAUCUCGGCCUGGUGUGUUGCCGGCAGCAAAAAGGAGAAGCUAGGUGACAUGGAAGGAUGGAGGUUACACUUAUACAUAGACGACGAGUCGUAUAAGUAUGUCCGGGCCGCGAGCUUCCGCCUGUUCUACAGGUACAGCACGGUCGUCAUGCGACCCUACAAGCCUGCUGACACCGGGAGCAAGGAAGCCAAAACGCCUGCGACUCCACAGGACAAGGGCGUCGAUAACCAGGCAGUGCCGGAGUCCGCCCCGGAGGAAACAAGGAUGGAGGUGGACGAGUUGUCGGAGCAGCCCUGCGGGAGCAGGUCUGGACAGGCAGUGCCAGCAACGACCACUGACGUCCCCGAACAUGGCCGGAACACGGAGCUACCCUCAACGCAGGAGCUCCUAGACGGAUUUGGAGGCCCAAUGGACAGCAGUGCGGUUGACGGCGGGGUAGAGGAUCUCUCUUUCCUCGAGCCCAUUUUAUGAUGGCCGACAACAUGGAAAUUGCCCAAGUGAACCUGCAUCAUGCGGCGGCAGCCUCAGCUGUCAUAACAAGCAGGUUCACUGCGGAGAAACUGGGCACACUGCUGAUCCAAGAGCCUUGGGUCUAUAAAGGAGAGGUAAAGGGCCUCAAGACGGAGGCAAACAAGGUAAUCUGGGACCUCUCUAGCGAGAGGCCUAGGACGUGUAUAGUUGUCAGAAGCAAUAUUGAUUUCUUUUGCAUUUCAGAGUUUCUGACGCAGGAUUUGGUGGCGGUGCAGGCUAGGGAUACUGACGGCAAAGACUUCGUCCUGGCCUCAGCAUACUUUCCGGGAGAGGCGGCAACGGCCCCCCCGGAGGCGGUGGAAAGGCUGGUAGAGCACUGCAGACUGCACAAGCUCCCCCUUAUCAUCGGUUGCGAUGCGAACGCUCACCAUACGGAAUGGGGCAGCACCGACUGCAACGUGAGAGGUGAGUCCCUGUUAGAAUAUGUAGUAGGCAGUAAUUUAGCGAUAGAGAAUGUAGGGUGUGAACCCACAUUCAUAACUAUAAGCAGGAGGGAAGUGUUGGACAUCACCCUCAGUAAUGAACCUGCAACCGGACUGGUCUCGCAGUGGAGAGUCUCAACGGAGCCCUCCCUGUCGGACCAUAGAAUUGUAAGGUUUGCGCUGAGGGCAGGGGUCAAGCUAUUCCCUCCUAGACGCAACCCUCGAAGGACCAAUUGGAGUGCCUUCAGGGAGAGGCUAGAUGAGGGAUUGAAGAGGGUGGGGCAGACUGACAGCAGCGCCACGGGCCCGGGAAUGGAGAGCAGAUUGACCGCGCUUAACGGGUCCAUCAUUAACGCGUACAAUGACAGCUGCCCCUUAGGAGUACCCACAGACAGGCGCAAUUGCUCCUGGUGGACAAGGAAACUCGCAGACCUAAGGAAGAAGGUACACGGCCUAUUUAACAAGGCUAAACGUGCAGGCGUCUGGGAAGAGCAACCUGACACUGUACAAUAA